CUCGCCAGAACACUAAACUACGGAUCCCGAUGGGCGCUGGGCUACAUAUCACGUGAACAGCUUCAACCUAUCGGCUUUGGACAAGUCGUAUGGGAGGGAGACGCGGAGAGAGACAAGAUGGCGGCGUCGGCGUCGCAAGGCGGGAGAAGCGGCGGUGGCGGAGGCAGUAGUGGGGCUGGCAGCGGCCCCAGCUGCGGGACAAGCAGCAGCCGCAGUGGUUUGUUGGAUAAGUGGAAGAUUGAUGAUAAGCCUGUAAAAAUUGAUAAGUGGGAUGGAUCAGCUGUGAAAAACUCUCUGGAUGAUUCUGCCAAAAAGGUACUCCUGGAAAAGUACAAGUAUGUGGAGAACUUUGGUCUUAUUGACGGUCGCCUCACCAUCUGUACCAUCUCCUGCUUCUUUGCCAUAGUGGCUUUGAUUUGGGAUUACAUGCAUCCCUUUCCAGAGUCCAAGCCAGUUUUGGCUUUGUGCGUCAUAUCCUAUUUUGUGAUGAUGGGGAUUCUGACCAUUUAUACCUCAUAUAAAGAGAAGAGCAUCUUUCUUGUGGCCCACAGAAAAGACCCUACAGGAAUGGAUCCUGAUGAUAUCUGGCAGCUGUCCUCCAGCCUCAAAAGGUUUGAUGACAAGUACACCCUGAAGUUGACUUUCAUCAGUGGGAGGACAAAGCAGCAGCGGGAAGCCGAGUUCACCAAGUCCAUUGCUAAGUUCUUUGACCACAGCGGGACAUUGGUCAUGGAUGCAUAUGAACCUGAAAUAUCCAGGCUCCAUGACAGUCUUGCCACAGAAAGAAAAAUAAAAUAGUCAAUUCUAAAAGCUCUCCUUCUGCUGGAUCAUAUGAAUUACUGGUGGGUAGGGGAAGAGACAGAAAGCUUAAGCUUGGUCAAGUGAGAAAUAAUUAAAGAUGCCCCUGUUUGAUCCACCCUGGGUAAAUAGAAUUUCCUAGUACAGAUAUGCAAAGUUGUAUCUUUGAUGGCUAGCUGUAGCUGUCUUGGUCUGCUGAAUGGUUUUCUGUUGCUUUCCUUAAGAAGCAUUUUAUAAAAGCUAAGCAUACUUUUUCUUUUGUGCUUAAUAGUACUUUAUACAGUAUAGCUUUGUGCCAUGCAAUGUUUGAUGCUCAGUACUUAAGAACUACUAACCUUGCUGGGGCACAGUAGUGUUCACCUAGAACCCCAGCACUCUAAAGGCUGAGGAAGGGAGAUUGAGUUUGAGGCCAUCCUGGGCUGUAGAGCCAGGCCCUGUCUUGGGGAGUGGGUAUUGUUAAGUUGUUGCUGACUUUGUUUUGACCCCUGCAUCAGCAACUAUUUCCUUAAAUCCAGGGUACAACUUAUUAAGUAUGACAGCUUUCCUUUACACACCAUUUUUGUGGGUGUAUAUAUAUAUAUAUUUGACUUGGGGAGAAUUAUUUUUUAAAAAAAUGCAAAAUAGCUUUUUAAUUUGUUUAAAAUAGACCUGCCUGUUACAUUUUGUGCUCUUAACCAAUUAAAGAAGCCAGUG